AUGGAGCGGAAGCGCAAGCUGCCCGCCCGGGCCGCUGCUCGAGGCGAUCACGCUGCCAAAAAGCGCAAUGUCACACCGAGAGAACGCUCCGCGACGCCUGCUGCUCCCCCCGCGCCUCCUCCAGCUCCAGAGCCAGAAGAGCCUCCCCCGCCUCCUUUGCCCAAGUCGAUCCAGGCAGGCAAGCCGCUCCCCACGGUUGAAGUCGCGCAGUCGGAAGACUUGUCAUCUAAGGACUACCAGUCGGUCGGCGAAAGCGGCGUCCUUGCCGAGUCCCUUUCACGAUCUCGCCAAAAAUGGAUCAGCGAUGGUCUUUUUGCCAAAUAUUGGACAAAACCGCACAAGCGCAAGGGCGUCAUCAACGAAGACCCCAAGAAUCCGCCCAAGGAGACCAUGUCAAAGGUCGGCACCGUCACGAUCACGAUUGAACCGCACAUUAUCGAAGCUACCAUGUAUGUCGUCAAGGAUCCUAAGCCAAAGCCCCAGCCGAUUCAGCAAAACCGUCCCAUUAUUCAGUAUGGCCCUCCGAAUGGCAUAAUGCCCCCGCCUCAAGCGCCAGCCUCAGGAGCUGGCACUCCGACUCAAAGUACGGCGACAAUAGCAAAGCCUCCGCACCACAGCCCGGCCCCAGGUCCAUCUCAUAGUCCAGCGCAACCACCACAGCCGCUUCCUCGAGUUCCCCAGGAGCAACCUACUCCGAAGGCUGGACAGCCAGGAACAGCUCCGGGGAACAAUAUGACCCCCUCACCGAGCCCAAAUCUCCAGUCAAGGCCUCAACCAGCAGGAGUGCCUGUGGCACCAUCCCCAACACCACCUCCAAUCGCUCGUGCACCCUCAAAUCCUCCACCACCAGCUGCCAUCCCUCCUGGCGCUGCGCUACCGGCUGCUUCGGCCCCGAUCCCAGCGACGAGGCCACCUCCUGGCCCAAUGGCUGCCCCCCCCAUGUCACCAGCCCCUCGACCAGCCACGAGCAUACAUACAACGCCUACAGCCGGCCUCGCGAAACCAGUGACGCCAGCUCCCCCCCCUGCGGCACCCGCAGCAAAGCCAUCCGCCAACGACCCUGUCAUUGCUUUGCUUGCGCAAAAAGCAUCAGGGGAUGCUGAACUUCGUGAUCUUAUGAAGAGAGUAGCUGUUGGACAGGCAAAAGAGGGCGAGCUAGCGCAUUUUCAGAAGAUUAUCGAUCAGCUGAAUGCUGAAUAUCGCAGCCGCGGUGGACAGCAGGGGCCAUCUGCGGACCGACUUCUGGUGGAUGGAAGAACGGUCAAGUAUUUUGCGGUUGAGGUUCGAACUAUUCUCGACAUUGUUCUAGCCUCAAAUCCCAACCAGAAGUCAUCAGAACUGCGGCCACCACAAGGAAGUGACCCGCUGGUUGUUUUGCUGGUCAAGGCAGCUUUGGAGGAACACAGAACCCGAGACAUGAUUCGCCGGAUUGCCGAUGGACGGCCUGGAUUUACGGAUGCUACGGACCUAAAGGAUAUUCUUGAUCGGCUACAUCGAGAGAUGAGAGCGGCGCCGCGGCCCUCUCCUGCCCCAUCACAAGUGCGACAACACACCCCCAAUGGAGUACCGAAUGGACAACCUAGGGCGCCAACCCCACAGACUGUGGCACAACCAAAUCCCCAAGCCUUGCGGUCCAAAGGCCCCCCGCCGGCCCCUAAGCCGGACGUCACCGCUGUUGUCUUUGACUUUGGAAGCGGAGAUCGAUAUCUUUUCCCCAAAUUCAGCAUCCUGGAGUAUCCGCCGACGCCAUCAGGCCAACAAGUCGUGGCGUCAUUCCUAAUAGUUCGCAAGGGAAGUACAUCCGAAUAUGGCGGAGACCCAAAGCUGGACUAUUAUCAACCUGUUACGAUACGUAUCUUUACACAGUCUGGACGCCAUCUGGAGAAUCUGGCCCGAGUGGUUGCCCCGCAGGAUGAGGUACGGCGUUACAUGGACGAUGUGAUGGACAACAUGACACGCGCAGAAUACGUGUUGCUCGCGAUGAGGCUUCCAAGAGCCGACAGGGAUGGCGAGAAGGACGGCACCAUCUCGGACGAACCAAGGACAAAUGGAUCUACACCUAAGCCUGACCCGGCCCGUGAGCCAAAGGCUGUGUCGAAACCUGGUGUUCUCUGGACAUCCAAGGGAAAGUCGGAAACGCCACCCGGCGAGGGGCCCUCAAAGCCUCUGCGAGAUGCGGAGCAAGAGGCCCAAGCCAAAUACCAGCGACUCAUCAACUCAGUGUCUGCCAAGGACACGGAUGGUCAAUGA